GAGACACUCUUUGAGUCUUCAAGUUGGAUGAAAGAGUGGAGAGAGAAGUGUCUGCUGUUAGUGACAGACUGUGGGCUCUGAAGAAAAGCCAGCGACGCAUUUAGGAGACAGGCAAAGCCUCUAGGGGGCCAUGUCUGGAGGCAGCGGUACCAACAACAGCUGGACCAUUCUCACAUCUGAGGAGACAGUUGCUGAAACCCUGAGGCCUGUGGCAGGGGGAACAGAGCACCAUGAAGGAAGCCAUACAUCUGCAGCAGAGGGUGCUGUGCCUUCAGAGGGGCUCCCUGCAGAGGACCACCUGCUAUUGGAGGAAAAAACAACCGAGCCAAGUGGAGACAAAGACGUCCACAAAGUCGCGGCCUCCUCCAUUCCUGACAUCCCUGUUCCCACAUCAUUGGAAGUCAUGAGCAGCUGUGUCCCCGACAGUGGAAGCCGAUCAGACAAACCACCUGAAGCCACAGCACAGACCAACGCUGAUCCUGACUCAUUCUCUGAUUCCUACACCCACAUAAGCCCCUCUCCUGAUGAGAGCCCAGCAUCACCACUGAGCACUGAGACUCUGGGGGGGCUGGAGUCAAUACAAGAAGAAGAACGGCUCACACAGGAAGGAACGCAGCAUCCAGUGGAUGGGGAGGAGUUGCAACAAGAAGAGGAUGAGUCGGAGCUAUCUCAGGGCAUGACCGACUUAGGGAAAGUGGCAGACUCCCCAGUGGAUUCAGAAGCGGGGGAGGAGAGGCUUGAGACGAAGGGAGAGGAGGGAGAGGAGGUGAGGAGGCGAAGGCCUCUUCUUGCAGCUCUGGAGCGGAUCGGAAGGACAGAGGAGGAAGAGGAUGAAGAGGAAGAAUUUCAAGUGCCACAGAGGGAGGAGGACAGCGGGUUAUCACUGAACAAAUGCAUCCUGGGUGCUGUUAUUCUAUUAGGCCUCGGCACCAUUUUUUUCUCAGGUGUCUUCAUGGACCUGGAUGAUGAAAGUGACUAUGGUGCAAGAGGGCUGAAGGAUUCAGAGGCACCAGGAAAACAGGACUGGCUUAAUCCAGACGUUCCUCCGCCUGCAGCAGAUGCUGACAAUACAGAGCUUCUAAACAAGUUAGCCGAAGGGAACCAGCACAUCACUGAGCUACAAGCCCAGCUUCAGGCACAAAAAGAAGAGCUAAAAGUAGCCAAGGGACAGGCAGCAGAGGGAGCAAAGGAGCGACUGCAGUGGGAAGAGGUGGAGAAGGAAAACAGUAGGUUGAAGAAAAUGAUGGCAUCUCUCCCUGUCCUUCAGAAAGAGAACGAGAGGAUGAAGAGAGAGCUGGAGUCUGUCCCGGCCCUACAGAAAGAACUAGAAAGACUGACGUCCACUGUGACUGAAUUAAAACUCUCCUCAGCAGCUGAAGCGCCUGUAAAGGCUGCUACAUCUCCCUCUAGUGGCCAGAUAGAACAUAGCAGGCACAGCACAGCUGACCCUGCAGAAAAGCAGGCCAGGAAACCAUGGAAUGAGCAAAAGGAAGGGAAGAAGAAGGAUUGGAAGAAGGAUAAAUAUGACAUGGGUGAGAAGAAAGAGUGGAGAGAGGGAGAAAAUCUGAAUGGAAAGGAGAGAAAGGCACGCAAAGAUGGAAGUAAAGCGGAGGGCAAAGAGAAGGAAUGGAAAAAGGGAAAAACCGAGCAAGGAAGGUUUGACAAGGAGAAGGAAGGUAAGCAGAAGAAGCACAGUGAAGAGCCAAAACAAUGGAAAGGAAAGGAAAAAGAAUGGAAGAAAGAUAAGGCUAGCAGAGGUGAUGAAGGAAAGCCUUGGAAGGACAGGGAAGGGAAGAACGAGAGGAUGGAGAAGAGUGAAAAAGACUGGAAAAAGUCAAAGCAUGACAAAUUAAAUGAGGGUAAGGAAUGGAGGGAUAAAGAGCAGAGGAAAGAGUGGAAAUCAGGAAAGGACCAUGGAGAGUGGCAGAAGAGCAAAGACGAGUGGAGGGGAGAGAAGGAGUGGAAGAAAGCAAAAGAUGGUUUCAAGGACAGUGGCAAAGAGAAAUAUGAGAAAAAAGAUCAGAAGGAGAAAGGAGAGAAAAAAGAAUGGAAGAAAGAUGGUGACUGGAAGAGUAAGAAUGGCAAAGAUAACAGCAAAGAAUGGAAAGGACAGGGUGAAAGGAAACAUGAAAGCAAAAAUCAUGACAAGGAAUGGAAGGAAAAGGAUGAGAGGAGGCAGUGGAGCAGUGAGAGUAAAACUGGGAAAGAUGAGAAGGAAUGGAAAAGGAAAGAUGAGAGGAAACAGAGGGGAAACGACAAACGGCUUGGUGAGGAAGGAUGGAAAGAGAAAAAGCACAAUGCAGAAUGGAAAAAAGACAAAUCAAGCUUCCGGAAACACACAGAGGAGCUCAAAAACAGUGGGGAUCAUGACCAUCAUGACCACGAUGAAGAGCAUCUGUGGGGGGAGAGGAAACCCCCUCACAGCCACCGUCGACCCUCCCCAAACCAGCCCGAGUACUGGGUCCAUAAGAGGGACCGCCUCCAGCACAGCACCAGACCCCAGCAGACUUGCGCUUCCACGGAGGCCUGCGCCCAGGCUGACAGGGUCCGACUGGUCCACUUAACUGAGUUCCAGACCACCCUCCAAACCUACCUCUCCAAAGCAGAGGAGGCGGGGGUCGACUCCUCCACAACAGACGAGCUCAGAAGGCUGGCCGCAGAGUUUUUCAAAGAUGGACUCUUUGUUCACGACCAGAUGAGCUUUCAAGAUUAUGUUGAAGAUAUAGGAGACAUUCUGGAAGACAUGGUGGAGGAGAAUGAGAAUGAGGAAGAAGAGGAUAGCGCUAUUGAGGAUGAAAUGGAGGGCUUUGAAUUAGAGGUGAUGCAGAAGUUUUCAGUGCCAGGAGCUGGAGAGGAAGAGAAAAUCAAAGGAGAGUGGAGGAAGGAGAGUGUACGAGGACGAGGCUGAAUUGAAGGCAUUGAUAGAUCUGUCACAAGAGGCUCAGCUGAGUCACGACAGAUGAGAGGUUAUUCGAAGAGAACACCUUAUAUCGGACCACAAAUGCUUACAAACCCACAUUCAUCAUCCUGCCACCCUUUGAACAGGCUGGCCGAUCUUAUUUUACCUCUUCCUGCUGCCCCAGUGAUUUAACUUCUCAUUUAAUUUGACAGUUUUUCAUGUUUUUGUAUUGCAUCUAUACACCAAGGCAUAGAUCUUACACUGUUAUAGAGACAUCGCAAGCAUUUACGUCAGGCCCUGCUUCUUGGGAAAGACUUCAAUGAUAUGAUAGUGAGACUCUGGAGACAUUGGUGAAGCUUGAAGCACUUUAUGUGCUCUUUCACUUAUGUCUAAUCCACAGAAAACCUCAAACAUCACAUGUGGCUUUUUUAUGUUCGGCUAAACACCUGCAGCUAAUGUUGAACAUCCACUGGUGUGAAAGCCAUUUCUUCUCCCAUUUCUCCUUAUGCACCCAGAUGAUUAAACCUCCCAGAGUUGGAUGUUCCUCUGCUUUGCACUCACCCUCCAGACUAGAUACUGUCCAGUCUUAUGCACAUCCCUCUUAAUCUGUAAACACCUCUGUGCACUGAUGACUACACCUUUUCCCUGUUUAGGCCUGUACAUAUUUCAUCUUAAUGUGUUAUUUGCUUUCACCUGGCUGUUAAUGUCAGAAUAUCUUGAAAUCAACAACCAGUUUUUAUAAAGCGUGCUGAAAAACGUUUGGCUGAGUCAGUAUGUGUUGAUUUUCUUCAGAAUGUUUGUACAUAUUACAUAAACUCAUUGGUUAAAGGACAAUGCUAAUAUGUGGAAAUGUAUUUAACUUAUUUUAUAGGCAUUGAAAAUGUAUAAUAUAGAUUUAAAAAAAAGAAAUUGGUGGGUUAAUAAAAUAUUGACAUGUUGAGCAUGUUAUGUUUCUUUCUGGGUACAGAAUGUUUGUUGUGCACUAAAAUGUCCUUAAUCAUUUAAUUUUGAAUGUUUGAUUAGAUAAGUCACUACACUGUCAACAUAUACUGCUUUAAAAAGUGCAUGUUUUCUAAGUUCUUUGUUGAAGUAAAAUAAUUGUACUUCUUCAGGGCCUACAGCCAAAUAGAGAUUGAAUUUCAGAAAGCGUCAUGCAGAACCACAUACUGUGCAUGCGUUAGGCAACACAGACUCUUAUUUGUUUGUUAGGAUGUUCCUAAGAGUGCUGUACUUAAUAAAUCUGGUCAACGUCUUGAUGAAAAA